GCUGUUCGCUCUGUCGUCAAGUUUCUCCGCCUCGUCAGCACACAUGUUCCUUUGAGCCUUCGCCGACACACGCAACUCAUACACACUCUCUCUCUCCCCCCCCCUCUGCAUCAUCAAGAAAGCUCACGAAGCCCAGCAGCAACGUUUCAGGCGAGCAGAAUGGCAGACCACGGAAAGCACGGCGGCGGCGAGCACGGUAAGCACGGCGGCGGCGGGCGGGGAGAAGGCGGUAGGGGCCAUGGGCACGAAGGAGGCAGGGGUGACGGAGAAGGCCGGGGGGGCGGCAGGGGCCACGGACCCGCUCACGGCAGCCCUGGUGGUGGUCGGGGUCGCGGCGGCGGCCGCGGCGAGCAUGAAGGGGGUCGGGGUGGGCGCGGCGAAGGCCAUGGACCUGCUCACCACGGCGGCCCUGGCGGUGGCCGCGGUGGCGGCGGCGGUCGAGGCGAGCAUGAAGGGGGGCGAGGUGGGCGGGGUGAAGGCCACGCGCCCGCUCACGGCGGCCCUGGUGGUCGGGGCGGUGGCGGCGGCCGCGGCGAGCACGGCGGCAGGGGUGGCCACCACCACGGCGGCAGUGACUCGCGAGGGGGAUGACCCCAAGUUCCCCGGAAUGUCGGCGAAAGUAAACGAGGCCGCCAGGGCCUACCGCGACAAGCACAACAUUCCCAAGGGAACACCCCUGUCCGCGGUACACAAGGAGAAGCUGAAGGAAGUGCGCAGGGAGGCCCGCAAGGCCUUCCGCGAAGCUCACCGCAAGUAGAACACACGUGCGUGCGGGCCAACGGCUGAUCUGAUCUGAUCUGAUCUGAUCUGAUGGAAGAACCAAGAAGCAACACCUGCGAUUUCUUCAGCAGUAUCCACGAGAGAGGUCGACGUUGCAGAGACAGCCUCCUCGCUUGUUGUCGAGAGACGUUUCGUUUGAACUAUCGAGUCAUGCAUUCGUCGUAUGCUAGAGGCUUGUAUUGGAGUGACGUGGGUUGAGUUUCAUCCUUCCCCGCUUGCACGGCGUCAUGAACUUCGAUGUUGGAUGUUGGACUUGAUGUGAACUUUUGUCGUAGUAGCAGUAAUGACCCUGCUUGGGGUGGGGAGGAGGGAGUUCUGCUGCUGGCCGACGUAGCUCCAAGUACCCCGUGCAAUCCGCACAUGUAGCGUUGUCGGUUGCUUUCCAUAUUUGUUCUUGCACGGCGAGCUCAGCGGUAUCGACUGCGAGCUACUUCCGUUUUUUGAAAUAGAACUACGUUUACCUUCAUUAGUAGAAAAAUGAACUUCCUUCAAAUCCAAAUCCAAAGGUUCAAUAACUUGCGGCCACGGAUUUCGCGGUGUGGAGUGUGGGGUCAUUUCGUCCACGCGAACACUACCGACAGCGGUAGAUGGCUCCGGAAGGCGUUGAUUUCGCCGGCUACUGUACGUGAACAGACGUAGACAUCUAUUAAGGGAAAAUAGAAGGGCCUCCUCUGGCUGGCGUAGGCCGUGUUGGUUUGUGGACUGCCGCGAAUAACGCUCGCUCAAACGGGCGAGGAUGACGCAACCAGGGGAGCCAAAGUGUUUUUUUGUUCUUACUCUGUGGGCAAUAAUAACUUUUGUUUCUGACCCAGUUCCGCAGGAACAAAAGGUAAAACUUGAGUGCAUCGUUGCAUCGUUUCAGGAUGGUUGAGGGUUGAGCCAGUCGCCCUGGUGGUCUACUGUAGGGGGUAAGGUAAAAGUCGAGACUCUACGCGUGUACUUGCUGAGAGCUCAAUUCUCGGGCGUGUGUCGCCGGUCGCUUGUAUCUUCAGCGUACUGUAGUCGUGUAAGAUGCUUCUUCGUAAGUGUUCUUUGAGGGGAGGAGAUGCUGAGCCCUUUUCACAUUUGAGAGGCACCAUGCCUCAAGGUUGUUGCUUUUGGACUACGGAUGAGAGCCGCGAGGUCUUCCGACAAGUUGAUUGGGUGCUUACACUUCGCACGCAGUCACCCAAGGAUUUAGUUUGCGGAGCUCGGGUCGAUGGCAGAUGGUCGAAGUGGCGUAGGAGAAGAGUCCGCCUGUCGCACAUAGCGCAGACAAGAGGUUCUCGAGGUGGGUGUUCAUAGCGCAGGGCCAAGGGCAAGGCAGCACCGUGUGUUUGGAUACGGUCUCGUAGUCGAAUGUCGAGUCUUUCAUGUGUUGGCAGUGUUGAUGUGCGGAUAGUCUACUAACGAAUCUUGCCCAAGCCUUUGGUUGGUGUUGGUCCAUAUAUGUCAUUUCUGGCCAACAGCAAAUAUUUCUGUCCGACAGGGAACAGCAAAAGUCCAACCUUUCGUUGGGGUAAUGGAGAUGCAGUCGCGCACGUUGGGGCAUAAACAUGGUUGGCAGCCCUUGGCACCCGCACCACCAGUCUUGCAGUUGUCGAGGACAGGACAGGUGCUCGCCCCGUCCUCUCUCUUUAUGGGUCAAGAGUGUCUGCUACUGAUACCAAGAGCCUUCGCCACUGCACCCCAUGUCGCAUUGCAGGGAAGCAGCAGACUAACCGCAUU